UGAAAUUUUCUUACAUGUAUUGUUGUUUAACUUUUAAUUCCUUACCCACAGGUUUCACUCCUCCUAGCUGCCUAUACAAAACUAACUAUAUGUAAAAACUAUGAAGGAAUAUUUCAUAUUUUCAAAAUGAAUGUUAGGAAGAUAGGGUACAUUUGUAAAACAUUUUUGUUGCAUUUAGCAAGGGACAGGCAUUGAUCAUAAUAUUCUUUGUAAAAUUAAAAUAGACAUUUUACACAAGUGUCUAUACAAAGCUAGGCAAGGUGAGAUUCAAAUUCCCUGUUUUGCGCAAGCAGUUUAUUCAGGGCAUAUACAGUUAGCGUCAAAUAGUUAUUGACUCUCAGGGUUGUUAGGUACCUAGCCAAAGAUACAGACGCAACGAAAAUUGUAAUAAUAUCGGUACAAAAUGUUUAUAGUGCGACCAUCAAUACAUAAUUAUAAUCACUCAAAAAUUCGAGACGUCGUUAUCGAGGAAAAUUGUGAAGUUUCAUACAUUUUAUGCAACAAUUAGCAAUUAACUGCAAUCGUAGGUACCUAGCUACUUGACCGCUUUUGGUAUUCUGAUCGAACACAUCUAGUUGGUAUUUUAAUUCUCCACUUCUCGAACGACUUUAUUAUUAUGAUUAGUUAUGUAUUGUUGACAACAAUAAUAUAGGGUAAACAGGAGUGUUAUUGCCCACCGACAGUUAUUGCCCAUUUUUAGAUUUUUUUAAAAUAAAAAGACAAUUAUUGACUUUUUAUUUUGAGAAGUAUUCACUAGAGGGCACUGUUAUUAAUUUAUGGUAGAUUUUAAAUCAAACUAUUGCAACACUGGAAGAAAAAAAGUCAGUAAUGGCGGAUUUGUAAAAACAAGUGAACGUGUUACUCAAUCAGAAUGCCAAAGACACCCAAAAUUCAGUAUAGUAAAGAAAAUUUACAAAAAGCAAUUGAUACAGUUCAAGAUGUUAACAAUAAGCUAUCUACGAGGCAAAUCGCCGAAAAAUACGGCGUUCCGAGGUCCAGUCUUCGGUACUAUAUUAAACAUCCGGGCCACAAAACCAGCUUAGGGCCAUCACCUGUACUAACUAUUUCAGAAGAAAAUAGUUUAGAAGACUGGAUAAUCAUUUCAGCAAGAAAGGGAUUUCCGCGUAACAAAGAGGACAUAUUAGAUACCGUCCAAAAGUUUCUAAUAGAAAACCCGCGUCCAAACACAUUUUUGAAUAAUAGGCCAGGUGACGGUUGGUGGAAGGCCUUUUUAAAACGACAUCCUAGAUUGGCAACCAGAACUUCAGAAGGUGUGACAAAGGCCAGUGCAUGUGUUUCGGAAAAAGAUAUAAGAGGGUGGUUUACUGAAAUCCAAAAUUAUGCUACUGAAAAAGACUUGGCUUCUGUUUUAAAUGACCCACAUCGAGUAUUUAAUGCAGAUGAGACAAAUUUUCAAAUUUGCGUUAAAACUGGUCAAGUAUUAGCAGAAAAAGGUUCAAAAAAUGUCUAUAAUGUUGAACAAUCUCAAGCUAAAGAGUCUAUUACAGUUUUGUUCACUUUUUCGGCUGCAGGGGAUAUCUGUUGUCCAUUCAUUGUUUAUCCUUAUCAAAGGUUACCUGAAAAAAUUGCUGAUUCUGUACCUGAUGGAUGGGGGCUUGGCAAGUCUGACACAGGAUGGAUGACAACGGAAGUUUUCUAUGAAUACAUUGCUAAUGUAUUUUAUCCAUAUCUCGUCAGCAAAAACGUCGAAUUCCCAGUCAUUCUCUAUGUAGACGGUCAUAAGACUCAUUUAAAUUUCCAUUUAAGCCAGCUUUGUACUCAUCUUCAGAUCGAAUUAAUUGCACUCUACCCAAACGCAACAAGAAUCCUUCAGCCAGCCGAUGUAGCUGCUUUUAGACCUCUCAAAGUAGGAUGGAGAAAAUCUUUAAGGAAAUGGCAAAAUGAACACAAUAAUCAAAGUCUCACAAAAUUAAAUUUUGCACCUGUACUUAAUGAUGCCGUUAUGACGAGUCUAAGACCUGAAAUAUUAGUUAAUGGCUUUAAAGCGUGUGGUCUAUGUCCAUUUAAUCCGGAUGCCAUUGACUAUGGAAAAUGCCUUGGUGCUGCAAGCAAUAAGUUGUCUGUACAAAAUACAAAACCUAUUCCAGAUUUAGCAACGAUAACCUAUUCUACUUUUUCAAAGAUCGUUGGACCAUCUAUUGUUAAGGAUUUCGAAAAUAGACGUCACAAACUGCCGCAUCAAAAAGUUACUGAACACUUGGAUAUGUUAUUUAAGUUAUGGGAAUCAUUUAAGCAUGCUGAAAUUGAAUCUAAUACUAACGAAGUAGUAGAUUGCUCAGUUAUCACACAAGAAAACAAUGAAGAUUCAAUUGAAAACAUUGUCGAUUUACACUCACUUACAGAAGAAACAUCUGAGGGAAUAGAGAGUCUUUCAACGUGUGAUCUUUUCUCCUCAGUGCCUGAGUAUACCAAAUAUAAACCUACAACAGCUUCGACAACUCUACAAAAACAAUAUACCCCAGAAAUAUCUUCUGAAGAGCCACGAGCAAGUACUUCAUUUGCAGUAGCGGCGGCAAACUCUACGCCUCAGUUACCAAGUCCUAAAAUUAUAAAAAGAAAAUAUUCACUGGGAGAGUAUCUAGCUUACCCGGAAACGCCCAUAAGGAAAGGAAAAAGACAAACAGAAAGACAACCAUACGAUAUAAGUUCUCAAAAUUUUAAAGAAGCUUUACAUGUAAAAGUAGUAGAAAAGCAAAAUUUAUUAAAAAUCAAGGAAGAAAAGAAGUUGAUUAGAGACAAGAAAAAAGCUGAAAAAAGUAAGAACACCAUAAAAAUAACCAAGAAACCUAACAAUGAAAAUUCUGCAGUAAAUAUCAAUAGUGAAGUUGAUUCAGAGGAAAUUGAUACAAUCAAGGGAAAUAACGACAACGAGACUGAAACUUUUAAGAACCAUCUCCAAUGUACACCAAAGACGAAAGAAUUAAAUAUAAGCCAUAAGGAAAAUAAACAGGUAGCAACAGGUGGAAAGAUAACUAUUUUAAGCGACAUUAUAAUCAAGCCUACUAUUUGUGUAGUUUGUCAUUUCAGCAUAAUGAAAAAUCCGUUGACCUGCAGUGCUUGUUCAAAAACCUAUCACAUGCGUUGUAUUCCUCAAAAACAUAAAGAACAUAUCCCCGACGACGCCGACUUAAGGUUAUUUUUGUGACAUCGUUGUUUUAUUGUAAAAGAUUCUGACUCAGGUGAUUCUGACUCAUCAUUGUCAGCAAGAGAAUUAUUUGGUGUGAUUAAUAAAGCUAAGCGUAAUCUAUUUUGAGACUGAUUAUCCUAAGAAAGUUAAGAGUUUUGUUAAAAAUUUAUAGUUUUGUUUCUUUAAACUGUGUUUUUUUAUAAAAUUAAGUU